AUUGGUAUUUACAUACACAUUAACCUAAUAAAAAAACUUGGACUGAAAACAUGAAUCUAAGCAUAUUUCUCCGCCGUACCCGGGCAACCGUAGCGUCCCUUUGCCGCGUUUUCUCGGCCGCAACGGCGGAGACGACGGAGAGUGGAGCUCUGGUAGGAGGAGGGAGAGACACUCUAGGAGGGAGGCUAUUAAGGCUUACGUAUACCAAACGCAGCGCGGUGGUUAGUAUACGGAAAUGGAAAGAAGAAGGGCAUACGGUUGGCAAGUACGAGCUUAAUCGGAUCGUUAGGGAGCUUCGUAAGAUUAAGCGAUACAAACACGCUCUUGAGAUAUGUGAGUGGAUGGUUGUGCAGGAAGAUAUAAAGCUGCAACCUGGUGAUUAUGCUGUACAUUUGGAUUUGAUUUCUAAGAUCCGUGGCUUGAACAGCGCUGAGAAGUUCUUCCAAGACAUGCCAGAUCAAAUGCGAGACCAUGCUGCUUGCACAUCUCUUCUCCAUACCUAUGUCAAGAACAAGCUCUCUGAUAAAGCCGAAGCCUUGUUUGAGAGGAUGGCCGAAUGUGGUUUCUUGAAGUCUUCUUGUCUGCCUUACAAUCACAUGUUGUCCAUGUACAUCUCCAAUGGGCAGUUUGAGAAAGUCCCCGAGAUUAUUAAGGAGCUCAAGAGCAAGACUUCGCCUGACAUUGUUACCUAUAAUCUCUGGAUGACUGCUUUUGCCUCCCGGAAUGAUGUGGAAGCCGCCGAGAAAGUUUAUCUUAAGGUAAAGAAGGAAGCAAACUUGAGUCCUGACUGGGUGACUUACAGCGUCCUCACCAAUCUCUAUGCUAAGACGGGUAAUCUCGAUAAGGCUAAACUUGCUUUGAAGGAGAUGGAGAAGUUAGUCUCUAAGAGACACAGGGUUGCUUAUGCAUCUCUCAUUAGUCUGCACGGGAACUUGGGGGACAAAGAUGGAGUUGACUCUACCUGGAAGAUGAUUAAGUCAUCUUUCAACAAGAUGAAUGAUGCAGAGUAUCUCAGCAUGAUAUCUUCACUGCUCAAGCUUGGAGACUUCGAGCAAGCCAAAGGUUUGUACGAUGAGUGGGAGUCUGUUUCUGGGACAAGAGAUGCUAGAAUCCCCAAUCUAAUCCUUGCGGAGUACAUGAACAGAGCGGAGGAGACUCACCUGGGAGACAAGUUUUACGAACGAAUGGUGGAGAAAGGGAUAAACCCUAGCUAUUCUACAUUCGAGAUUCUCACAUGGGGGUAUCUCAAGCGUAAAGACAUGGACAAAGUGUUGGAUUGUUUCGGGAAAGCCAUUGAUGCUGUGAAGAAAUGGACUGUGAAUGUAAGGUUGCUUAAAGCGGUGUGCAAGGAACUCGAGGAACAAGGACAUGUUAAAGGAGCAGAGAAGCUUAUGGCUAUUCUCCAAAAGGUUGGUCAUGUGAACACUCAGCUCUACAAUUCUUUGUUGCGUACCUACGCGAAAGCCGGUGAAAUGGCACUCAUAGUUGAAGAGAGGAUGGCAAAGGACAACGUAGAGAUGGAUGAAGAGACUAAGGAGCUUAUAAGACUAACUAGUCUAAUGCGUGUGACUGAAUUCUCGACCACCAUUUCUUGAGCCUCAAAGCUGCAGAGUUAGUAUCGGUUGGAAAACUUAACUCGUUUUGGAGUGCAGAGUCAGUAUCGGUUGGAAAACUGAACUCGUUUUGGAGUGAAUCCUGGAAGCUUUUUGCUAUAUUUAGAGAGGAGAUAUGAUGAAUCAGUAAUUUGCUCGGACAGUUAGAGCUGAUGGAGAGUGAUGUGUCCAAGGCUGCAAAGGAUUGCUCUUUUUUUGUCAAAAAUUUUAUAUUGCUAGAACUUUUUGUUUGGUGCCAAUUUUUAUUUGUUGGUUUCUUUUCUCUAUAGUUAGUUCUCUAUAGGGUGAUGAUGUCAAAUGAUCUUUGAGAGGUUGACUAACUGAAAAAAACCUACUUCGACUCUUCUUGUUGGGUGGUUAUGACUUUGUGUAAGCUUCAAAGACUUGUGUCCAGAGUGGAUUUGUUCGCUUAGUCUACUAUUUUAAAGUUUAA